UUAUUCCGUCUGCUGCCUCCAUUCCAUAAGUUCAGCCGACCUGCCGUCGUAGAAAUACGGGGGUGCCCGGACCAUGACGCUGCUAUCAGAGCCCUCUAUGACGACCCGACACGCGUGCAGCUCCUCCACAUAGCGAUGCAUAUCCUGCGGGCACAAACGAUGGAAGGAAGGAUGGAUGUCUUAAGCGCAUUCCGACGCUGUGCCUGACCUCGGCGGUUUUGAGGGCUUUGGUCUUCAUUCUGGGUGUUGGGUACAUGAGGGCCAGCCCCAGGUUGCCCCGUGUGUCGAUGAGCUCGCCUAUCGCCUCGUCCCCUCCGCACCGUCCCUCGUCGCCCCCGCACCGCAUCAUCACACGCCGCUUCUCGGCGUGGUUGGCGUGCAGACUCUCGUCGUCAUCCGCACACUCCUCGCACAUAUGGUCCGCUACCUACACACACACACACACACACACGGACGUAGACAUGGGUAGAGGGGCAAGGCAGACGGGCCGUGUGUGUGUGUGUGUGUGUGUUUGCGUACCGUUCUCCUGAGUAAUUCGAGCGCGAGUGUCUUGUCGGUGAGGUUUGCUACCUCGGCUGGCAGCGGGGCGUUGUGCGGCCACUUGUCCAGAUAAGAACCUAACACAUUCAAUGGAGACUAGUGCAUUCUCAGGGCGGCGCUCGAUUGUUGCUGCCUACGGUGUCUUUUGUGUGGCCUGAUGAGGAUGAAGAGGCGCUUCCGAAUGACGCCAGUGCGAUAAGUGCGAGUCGUCAGCUCCUGACCCAUGUAACACCUGCAGACACAUAAGUGAACGGUGGCAUGCUGUCUGUACCUCUCCUUCCUGCCCAGUUGUUCCAUUCUGACUGACCCCUUUGUGUACGAUAUGCCGCCGAUGCCGUCGAGGUUUGCAUUGAGUGGGAGUGUCUGGUUGGUGGGCAGCUCCUCCGGGCCCUCAGGCACACCCAUCAGCAGACGCCUCAUCGAGAACCGAUCAUCGCCACCCGCAGACCGGCCUUCCCUCUCCAGCUGCACAACAUACACGCACACAAAGAGGCGAAGUGGUGAGCAAACCGUUGGGUCGUGGCAAUCGAUGCCCGCUGACCGCCUGCAUGGCCCUCUUCGUCGCGUAGUGGUCCUUCCUGCCCAGCAGUCUGAAUCCAAGCCUCCAGUACCGCGGGUCGACGCCAUAAUACAUGCUACCGUAGUCGGCACCCUCCUGCCCCUUCUCGCCACCCAGAUCCUUGGCGAGGUCCAUAAGUAGCGCCUCCAGAUGCUGCUGCAGCGGCUUCACGGCGCGCAUGUUGGCGUCCUCACUCUCCUCGCUGGAGCUGGAGUUGUGGUGAUCCGCCCAGCUGCCCUGAGUCGCCAGCCAUUUCUGUGCGUAGGGAUAUGGCGGGAAAGCACUGGUGGCCAAUGGUGUGUCAGGCGAUGGCAGAGGAGGGGUAAAGAGGGGAGGGGUGGGGGAUGAGUCGAUGGGUGGGACGAGAGGAGGGGACAGCUGGAAUACCACGAAGUCGCUCGAUGCCUCUUCCAGCGAGAUCUCGGCUCGCAAGCGAUGCCGCUUCAAACACACAACAGACACGAGAGUACUGUGCUCAGGCCUGGCCUCAACACAAGGUCGCCUGUAUGCAUCCCACCCAUGCCCCAACCCACCUUGAGGAGGCCGAAUAGCGAGUUGGCCACGCCUUUGUGGCAGUCGAGGAGGAAUGACGGCUCGCCAUCACUGCACGGCUUCUGAAUGUUGAAGAUCAACGAGUCGCAGAGCACCCUCCCCUUGGCCGAUAGGAAGACGGCAGGCAUGGCGACCGCCGGGCAGAGGGGCUGGAUGGUGGGCGGCCAGCCGUGGAAGACCGGGUGGCCCUUGGUGAGGCCAAAGUGCCACUGGCACGGCGGCACAAUGGAAUGGAUGUCCUGCGCCACAAGGCCCUGCACAAACCUGCCAGCGCAGCCAGACGGAAAGUCACACGAGAUGGAUGCGCAACUCAAACUGUCUUGUCUUUGUCUGCUCACUUUGGUGCAUCUUUGCCUCCUAUUGCGAAGACCGCACGGCUGGUCAGUCGGUCGAGGUGCUGGACCGCCCGAGUCAUCCCGGGAUUCAU